AUGGAAGUCAAGGGGGUGACCUUAUUUUCCCUACCUUGUCGUUGGCAUCAAUUGUCUCUUGGACCACACCCCGGUACCCAGUCAGUCCCAAUCCCAAAGACAACCACACCAGACACGACAGGGCAGCCGGGGGACCCAGCCAAAGCAGCCAGGUACCUUGUCUGGUCUGGUCUCCGUUUUACGAGACGAGCUGGACAACGCCUGAGGACCCAGCGGAUGGCCUCGGUGGAUUUCAGCGGGCCGGGGGGUUCCCUGUCUAAUCCACCAGUUCUCCCACACGUCUCGAGAAACGAAACGGAGCUUGUGUGGGCGCGGCAGGUUGCUGGCGCUGUCGCAGUGGUCAGAGAACGGUAUCACGGUACUCGAGGCACCCUGGGCACGGACGCCCGAGAGAUCCAGCGACACAGCGAGCGAGCCAGUCCUCCCGGCGAGAAGAGCCACGAUGUUGUUCUUUUGCCAUUUGAUGCCAGCCAGUGUCUGGGGCUGUCAAGCAAGUGUCAAACUGUCAGACUCAGAGUGUGCCCCUGGCAGCUUGGGGCCUUCCUAAAGUUGAUUUGA